GGAGAAUUUCGUUAAUUACCGUGAAGUUGAUCAAAGCGAAACAUCUCUCGACGAACUCUUCCAACGAGCUUACAAUCACUCACUCUGGGUACUCAAGAAGCCUUCUUCCACGAACGUAGUAAAUACUAAACAAGAAAAAUUGCGAUGGGAGAUACCGCAGAGGAUCAAGAGGACCAAGCUAUGGCGGAAGCUGCCGGAGUCGCGAGCUUCUCGGAGCUUCUUAUGUUGUCGGACGAUGUACUCGGCUCCUCUGACCACCACCGACAGGAUAACGGCGGCGAUGGUGGACAAGACAGCUUCGGUUUUGUAUUCUCCGGUAGAAAUAGAUCAAGAAUGCUCUGUUUCAGCGGAGGAUAUCAAAACGACGACGAAUCGCUCUGUUUAGAACCUUCUGUCCCAUCCGGAGUCUCUGUUCCUGACCCUUCUUCAUGCAUUAAUAGCAAUUGCAAGAACUCAAACGACGCUUGUACAGUAGAUAAAUCUUCAAAAUCAUCCAACAAGAAGAGAACUGGGUCGGGUAAUGGGCAAAACCCGGAUCAUGAUCGAAAACCUGGCAAGAGAUGCAAGCGAAAUCAGGACAAUUCAUCAGUUGGAAUUGCAAAGGUGAGGAAAGAAAGAUUAGGGGAAAGAAUCACAGCGUUGCAGCAAUUGGUUUCUCCAUACGGCAAGACAGAUGCAGCUUCUGUGCUGCAUGAAGCGAUGGGUUACAUCAAAUUCUUACAAGAUCAGAUUCAAGUCCUCUGCUCACCUUAUCUCAUCAACUAUUCUCUUGACGGUGGUGGAGUCGUUACCGGAGAUAUUAUGCCGGGGAAGAAAGUGAAAGACUUGAGAAGCAGAGGAUUAUGUCUAGUACCUGUCUCAUCCACCGUACACGUGGAAAACUCCAACGGCGCUGAUUUCUGGUCACCUGCUACUAUGGGUCACACUACGUCACCCUCAAUGAAUCUUGAAUGAUUAUUAAUUAGCCAUCCUAGGCAGAUAUAAUUAAUUAUAUAGUCUUUUUUUGUUAAUGUUGCUGAAGAACAAGUAAAAAUGCUUUACUUCACCCAAUUUUUUUUUUGGGGAUCAUAUGGGUGAUAUA